UUUUGUCAGAACCCAAAGGUUCUGCUCGUUAUGGGAUCAGUGGUUCUGGAACCUUUCUAGGUUCUGUUCUAGAUCUGGGAGGUUCUGUGGAUGCUGCUGCUGCAGGGAUCCGAUGUGACGCCUGAAAGCUGAAGCUGGCGGAUCCGGUUACCUGAGGACACCUGAAGACGUGACAACAACAGGGACAAGGUCCAGACGUCUUAUCAGUUCUGCUGAACCGGGACGUCAGAGCUGAGGGGGCGGAACCGGGACAGGGGUGAAACGGGUCCCGCUCGGCUGUGAAGAGUCAGAGGAGGAUUGGAUCAGGAUCCAAACGGACCCGGUGAGGGCAGCGCUGAUGGAGCCGCGGCUGGCCGGACUCUGAGCCGGGCCUGCAGGAAGGACCGGGUCAUGUACGUCCUCUGCACCCUGGCUGUCCUGACGCUGCACAGCCUCCUCAGGAAGCGGGUCACCGGCGAGCCCAACGGAACCGCUGAGGCUGCAGGGAAGGAGGAUGUGCCGGUCUCCCCGGGUCAGGGGGGAGGCGGUACCGGCAGGAGACCGGUCCAGCCGGUCCAGCGGUCCAGUGCUCUGUUCAACCCGGCGGUCAUGUUCGGGACCAGAAAGACCUGGGACAUCGGUCAAGCCCCGUGCCUGCAGGAGCUCUGGAAGAAGGACAUCUCAUUGGACGCGAGCUCAGUGGACUUCCUGAUGAGUGAUGGUGAAGACGAAGGCUCCUUCCUGUCUCUGCCCAGCGCCGCCUUCUCACAGCGCCCCUCUCUGAAUGCUGACUUUAACAACACUAACUCGUCCCACCACCAGCUGCUCAUUCAGAGAGUCACCUGGUCCUGCUGGUGGACACCUGUCAAUACUCUGCAGGACAAGGUGUGCGAGUUUCAGGCUCGGUUCUGUUCGGAGGAGGUUUCCCGUCAGCAGCGGUUGCAGCAGCAGAAGGUGGGAGGAGCUCGGACGCUGCAGGAGGAGCAGUUCUUGGCCACGCCCAAAGGUGUGAAGCAGCUGCAGGCCUCUGCAGCUUCAGGUUCUUUCAGCCGUGCAGAAGAGGAGCAGCUGGUGUUUCGGCUGCGUUCACAGGUGGAGGAGCUGGAGGAGAAGCUGUUGGAUCAGACCCAGGAGGUGGAGAGACUUCGCUCUGAACUGGGGGCGACGGACCUGGAGAAGCAGCUGGAGCGGCUGCUGGUGGAGAACGAGCGUCUGAAGCAGGAGCUGAAGUCAUGCAGGGGUUCCGAGGGUCAGAAGCUCGACGCCGCGGCCGACAGCUGCAGCCGCUGCCCCCACGCUCAGGAGGUGGAGGCCCUGCGCAAGGAGGUGUCGCGCUGGGAGAGCCGGGCCCAGCAGAGGGAGCAGCGGCUGGCGGAGGUAGAGGAGGAGCUGAAGGAGAAGAGCUGCAGGCUGGAGGCUCUGCAGCAACAGCUGGACGAGUCCAGGAGAAGACGGACCGACAGCGAGCGCCAGCUCCAUCUCCGUCUGCAGGAAUGUGAGGAUGAGCUGGUCAGACGUGCAGCGGCGCCCUCUAGAGUCAAGUUUGUGACCCAGACGGUGGAGGUGGAGUCGGCAGACUCUCAGAAAGCUGUGGUCGAGAUGCAGUUGAAGAACGGCGCCCUGCAGGAGCAGCUGUCUGCGCAGAAGCAGCUGCUGCGGGAGCUGGAGACGCAGCUGCACGAGUCCCAGCGGACCUGCACUCAGCUGCGGACUCAGCUCCGUCUCUGUGACCUUUUAUCCCAGACUGUCAACAAUGGAAAGAGCCGCUUGGAUCCCAGGUUGUCCAAGAUCCAUGUUUACGAAGGCGAGAUGCAGCGAGCUCAGGGUCAGCUGGAGGCGGAGAUGCAGAACCUGGAGGAGGAGAAGAACCGUGUGAUCGAGGAGGCCUUCAUCAGAGCUGAGAGCGAGAUGAAAGCCGUUCAUGAGAACCUUGCAGGUGUGAGGAUGAACCUGCUCAGCCUGCAGCCGGCUCUCAGGACUUUGACGUCGGACUAUAACUGUCUGAAGAAGCAGGUUCAGGACUUCCCCUCCAUGCUGGAUAAAGCCAUCUCUGAGGCCAAGCAGGAGAUCUGCCAGGUGAUCAGUGAUGUGAGCAGCACCAACCAGGAGCUGCUGCGGAAGUACAAGCGAGAGAUGAACCUGAGGAAGAAGUGUCACAACGAGCUGGUCCGAUUAAAAGGUAACAUCCGGGUCUUCUGCCGGGUCCGACCCGUCAGUCAGGAGGAGCAGGACUCUGCAGAUAACAGAACCAUGCUGAGCUUUGACUCGGACGAUGACGCCAUCCUCUAUCUGUCCAGCAAGGGGAAGAUCAUGACGUUUGAGCUGGACAAAGUCUUCCCGCCGCAGGCCUCACAGGAGGAGGUGUUCCAGGAGGUCCAGGCUCUGGUCACUUCCUGCAUCGACGGCUUCAACGUCUGCAUCUUCGCCUACGGACAGACGGGCUCAGGGAAAACCUACACCAUGGAGGGUGUGGCUGAUAAUCCAGGCAUCAAUCAGCGCGCGCUCCACCUGCUGUUCUCGGAGGUGACGGAGAAAGCUCCGGACUGGGACUACAGGAUCAUCGUCAGCAUGGUGGAGAUCUACAACGAGACGCUACGAGAUCUGCUCAGGGACAAUCCUACGGACAAACUGGACAUCAAGUUGAAUCCUGACGGCAGCGGACAGCUUUACGUCCCCGGACUCACCGAGAUCACAGUUCAGAGCCCCGAGGACAUCAACAAGGUGUUUGAGCUGGGUCACCUGAACAGAGCGACGGCGUGCACCAACCUGAACGAGCACAGCUCGCGCUCCCACGCCCUGCUCAUCAUCACAGUGUCUGGAUUAAACAGUACGACUGGAACCAGGACACAAGGGAAGCUGAACCUGGUGGACCUGGCGGGAUCGGAGCGGAUCGGGAAGUCCGGAGCCGAGGGCAGUCGGCUCAGAGAGGCCCAGUGCAUCAACAAGUCGCUGUCGGCGCUGGGCGACGUGAUCAGCGCGCUGCGCAGCAGACACGCCCACGUCCCCUUCAGGAACUCGCGGCUCACCUACCUGCUGCAGGACUCGCUGAGCGGAGACAGCAAGACCCUGAUGAUGGUCCAGGUGUCUCCGUUGCCAGGAAACAUGAGCGAGUCAGUCUGCUCGUUGAAGUUUGCUCAGCGCGUUCGCAGCGUGGAGCUCAGCUCGUCUUCGUCCAAGAGGCACGAGAACUCGUCCACCUCGUCCUCGCCAACGCACGACAGCGUGGAGCUGGACUCUCCCCCCGUGACGCCCGUCCCCCUCCCCAUCUCCCGGGCCAGCAGCGCUGGCUCAACACUCUCCUCGGCCUCCAGAACUCCCAGUGGCUCCCGCAGGAGGUCCCAGUCACAGCUGUCUGCAGGACGACUGAAGCUGACGGCCUGAGGGACGCUGAGAAGUCCAGGGAGACGGCGGGGUGUGGGACAUCACCCAGAGGACCGUCCUCUGGAAUCAACGUUUCUACCGUCAGAAGACUGGACCUUACAGAGCGGGUCAGAAUUGAUCUGUGAGCGGAAACCAUGAUGAUGACGAUGAUGAUGAUGAUGAUGACGGACCGCUGAGACUCUGAGGACGCGUCUCCUAAACUGAACCCCCAUUGCUCUUCCUAUUCUCUCAUGUUGCACUUUAAUUUAGGUCGUUUUCUGAGUGACAGGUUUUUCUUUGAGGCCGACGGGCGGACGGACGGCGCCCCCUCCCUGUAGGCCGACGGGCGGACGGCGCCCCCUCCCUGUAGGCCGACGGGCGGACGGCGCCCCCUCCCUGUAGGCCGCCCCCUCCCUGUAGGCCGCCUGUCUGAGGGCUUUUAUUUUGGUAUUUUAGUUGAAUUUUGGAGGAGAAUCAAACUUCUGAUAAUCUUUAGGUGUUCAGAUCAAAGGUUGAAUCUAAAGCUUCAUGAUGUGAGGUUCUCCGCUGUUCGGUUGGACCUUUCAGCAGACUAAAGAUGUGUGGACAAAUUCUGGACCUGCAGCCUGUCUGUCCCCCCCCCUCGUCCAACAGGAGGUCAUAAGAACGUUUGUUUCCUGCAGAGCUGCGGUUCUUGGUACCAAAUGGAUCAUCUGGUAGUUCUGCUCUGGACGCUGCAGGGUUCUGAUCCAAUGUUUGUCUCCUGAUUGUUUUUUCUAAAUGUUUUUAUUAAACUUUCCUGAAUCGAG